UGGACGCAUACCAAGAUGGCGUCGCAGGAGCUGGCCGAUCUUCUUCUCCUCGCGCGCGAAACAGGUCUUCUGGAAAACCCUCCCGCAUUACUUUCCCGAAUUCUUCACGUACUGUGCCGCGAACGGUCGCAGCCGCUGGAUCCGGACUUCGUGUCCGAACCUGCAUGUCGCCGUCGUCUUUCCGAACAUCCAGAAAUUCUUCCUCUACUGGAAACUGCAGUGAAGACUGGCAAUCAAGGUGGACUUUGGGAUGAUCCUCACCUUUCCUCCGAGGAUCUCGAUCUGGUAUUACUCCGCGAACUGGCCAAGGCCGACGCCGCAAUAUGGAAAAAUGUCGAAGAUCUCCUCUCCGAGUCGUAUGAGAAACUUUCGGAACUCGCCACUGGUGCUUCAUUUGCAGAGGUCUGGUGUCCAUCCACGUCCUCGCGAGAGGACGAGCCAAAGGUAGUCGAUGCCUAUGGCGACUUCAUCCGAACUCUGCAUAUACCCAAAGCGUCUGAUAAUUUCCCCUGUCUACUCUUGCAUGAACUUGGCUCCCUAAUUGAUGAAAAACACCUUCUCGACCGCACGAAUCAGAUAUUUGCUCCUGAUACACACACCAUCUUCAUCAACUCUUCCGGAUCCGGCAAAACGAGGCUACUCCUCGAGGGCCUUUGCCGGCAUUGGGGCGUGUAUAUGACAUGCGCAGUCGAUCCAUCUGGAGUUGGCUGCGCAGAUUUUCCCUACACCCUCUCUGUCGGAUUGCAAAAGAAACCCUACUUCAAAGGUCUGGGAGAACUUCGCGAGCGCGACAUCACUAGGAACUGCUAUAUCGCGCAGGACGUCUUCGCUGUACCGUUUCUUUCCAGGCUUCUUCUCCUCAGCCGCUUCCUGGAGGCAGUCCCGACAGCGGAACGCAAUACCGAUGAGACUCGCAAGAGGUGGCUGCAUCUGCAAGUCUUGGCCCGCUUCGUUGGGUGCGACGGCCUGCUAUUCGAGCUCACGCGCAGUCUAGCGGCUUUGCCUGCGAGUGCAGUGCAGUCUAGCAUAUCUGACACCUUGCUGAAGAUUCGUGCCUUACUGGGAAUACGCGACUUGCCCAUAUAUUGCGCGCUCGACGAAUGCCAGGUCGCUAGUCAGAAGUAUCCCGGUGCCUUUGGUGACGAAUCCACAACACUGCACCAGAUGGCACUGUCCUGGCAGUCGUACGAACAUGUCUCCGUCAUUCUCACCGGUACGGCUGCGGACGUGCGGCCCUUCGUCGAUGCGGCACAUCCUCCUUAUCGCAUAUAUACCGACACUGGUGCAUUUGACACGCCGGACGAUCAGGCUCGAUAUGUCAUGCAUUAUAUGCCGUCCGCGGUGGUGUCUUCCGAUGAGGGAAAAGACCUCAUCUCUCGUAUGUGGUUAUGGUUACGCGGCAGACAUCGAUUCACGGCGGCCUUCAUUGCCUGUCUCCUCAUGACGCAAUUCCAACAACCACACGAGCUCUUGGACGCGUACAUCGCUGCUAACCUGAGGGUUCAUCCUAUCGACCGAACUGCGAAUUCCGGCCAUGGACUAUCAAACAGAGCUUCACGCGAGCUCGUGAAGGAAUUCAACUACUUUACUGGACAGAGUUUGCUAUACGAUGCCCAAUCGUACUUCUCUGCGCACUACGCAAUACACCAGAUCCUGCUAGGGCAUACGCCGGUAGCUCUCACGGAGAACUGCUUCCCCCUCGCUGCGCAUGGCUUGGCAUACUUUACCGACGCAACCGGCACAGAGGUUCGCGUGCACGAGCCCACUGUGCUAUGUCCGCUUCUGCAACCCAACUUCUACGAGUCGGGAGUGGUCAACGGUUUCUUUCCCGACGUCAUGGGGGCCCGGUUACGCGAGGUGCCGACGCACAAUUCGAUACGUCUCGCGCUCGCUUCCUUGUUUCUUCAUGCAUUUAAGGAUGGACCGCGACCGCUUACGGACCUCUUCCUGUUUCCCGUCGCGACACCUGACUGGGUAGCGCAGACGGCGGACUUGGUUUGCGUCACUCGUUGCACGACUCGGUGCAGGUCGUCGUAUUCGGAAGCCAAACCUGAAGACGUAUGGAUCACAGACUCUCCCAGCUGGCUGCAGCACCAGCGAGAGGAGCCCUUCUGCGACGCUUCCAAGUUCAGCGGGGCGGACCUGCUCUUUGUCCUGCGCCUGAAGAACCAGAAGUGUCUACAUGUCGCCGUUGCGGUCAUGCUUCGCAAUGACCACGUCGACGUAUCGCCCGCUGACAUCGAGCGGAAGUUGCACGAUCUUGCGCCAUCCAAUAUCUUCUCGCAGGAUGCGCGGGCGACGACAACGGGCUCGCUGAGCUUUCCCCAUCUGAGGGUCAAAGCCUUGGCCGCUGGCGAUCCUCCUGUGCUUCGCGUCGUCACUACGUUCCCGCACGAAAUGGAGAUGGACAUCAAUCUUGCCAGGCGCGAUGAGUACGCACAACCGAUAGCCACCAUCAACAUGACCACAAUGCGGGAGGUAGCCGAGUCCAUCUCGCCGGACGACGUCGGGCGUCGGCUUAUGGCCGUCCUUACCCGUAGCGGAGGUAAGAAACGGAAGUACGCUGACGAUGAGGAGACUCAUCGACCCAAGCGAAUGACGACGAGGUUAUCCGAAAAGAAGGAGUCGGGGAACCGGCAGGGGACGGUGGAGAGGCGACCGGAGGCCCCGACCGAGCGCCCGACCAGAGACACGACCAAGCGCAAGGCCCAGGAAAAGGGCAAGGGCACGACCAGAAAGGGUCCGACUCCGAAGGAAACCAAAAAGACGGCCGCGAGUCAGACCCAGGAGACGAGGCGCAGCUCACGGCUGGCUUCGAGGGGUUGAAUCUGGGUUCGGAGAAAGCACUUUAAAUUACCGCACCGUACGUAUUGUCAGGGUACUGUCCCCUUCGCUCUUCUUGGACAGUGCCACCUUGGUUAUAUUCUCGAGCCAGCUUGGAGCAACGCCACAGUUAUGGCGUCGCGUAAAGGAGACCGUUUUCGAACUUGCUUUCAAAUUGUUGUCGAGCGUCCAGGAGAUCUGUCCGUCGUGUUCGUAUGUAUUCUUCGUGACCAUUUACACAACCUCCCUCGCGCUGGGC